AUGGCGCUCCUGCAACACAAGGAGUGGAGGGCCCGCCAGCUGACUCUCAAGAAAGGCCCUUGGACUCUGAACGCCCUCAGCGUCCUCAUUGCCUCCAAGCCCAGGACCAGCACUCAGCCCCAGCAUAGCCUGGAGGAGAAGUGCAAAUUAGUAACCUCAGAUACUCAGAAGUUGACCAAGGAACUAAUAUGUAAUCAAAAAGGGCCCGUGAGGGUCUACUCUCAGCCAUCCAAGGAUAGUCCCUUUCCUGCCACUUCUCUCUGUGCUGCUUUGGGGCACUCUCCUGUGGCUGGCUGGACCUUCACCCUGGGGGUGCUGGGUCCCUGGGACUGUGACCCCAUCUUUGCUCAGGCCUUCCCCAGUGUGGCUGCCCAGCUGGCUGUGAACCAAGCCAACCAGGAUUCCUCACUGGCGCUGGGCUCACAGCUGACUUCCGUGGUUCUUCCCACGGGCUGUGACACCUCUAGUGCCCUGGCCACAUUCCUGGCCCAUAAGAACACCGUAGCUGUUUUUGUGGGCCCUGUCAAUCCUGGUUACUGCCCAGCAGCAGCCCUGCUGGCCCAAGGCUGGGGAAAGACCCUCUUCCCCUGGGUGUGUGGGGUUCCAGAGGGAGGAGGUGUGCUGGUGCCCACCUUGCCUUCGGCUACCCACGUGCUGCUGUCCGUCAUGAGACAUUUUGGCUGGGCUCACGUGGCCAUUGUGUCCUCCCACCAGGACAUCUGGUUGGCUACUGCCCGGCAGGUGGCCAUGACUCUCAGGGCAUACGGGCUGCCUGUGGGGCUGGUGACCUCUCUGGGACCCGGGGAGCAGGGGGCCACAGAGGUCCUGAAGCAGCUCUGCAGCGUGGAUGGUCUGAAGGUUCUGCUGAGGUCUGCAUUUUGCAGCUCAGAGAAGAUGCGGGAGCUGCGGCAUGAGAACAUUGCCACCUUCCUGGACUUCUUUGUGGCCCCUGGGGUCAGUGCUCUUGUGUUGGAGCACUGUGCCCGGGGCAGCCUGGAGGACCUGCUGCGGAAUGAGGAUCUGCGGCUGGACUGGACUUUCAAGGCCUUCCUGGUGCUGGAUAUGAUCCGUGGGGUGUGGUAUCUGCACCAUCGGCAUUUCCCUCAUGGCCGCCUCAAGUCCCAAAACUGUGUUGUGGCUGGACACUUUGUGCUGCAGGUCACUGACCAUGGUUAUGCAGAGCUCCUGGACGCUCAGCGGGCUCCCCGCCGGCCAGCCCCGGAAGAGCUGCUGUGGACGGCUCCAGAGCUGCUGCGGGGGCCUGGGGAACCCGGGCGGGGCACCCUCAAAGGAGACACCUUCAGCAUCGGCAUCAUCCUGCAGGAGGUGCUGAUGGGGCCCCCCUAUGGCUCCCCAGGGCUCUCAGCGGAAGAAAUCAUCAGGAAGGUGGCGUCUCCCCCUCCCCUGUGCCGGCCACUGGUGUCUCCUGACCACGGGCCACCUGAGUGCAUCCAGCUGAUGGAGCAGUGCUGGGAGGAGGCUCCGGAGGACAGACCCAACCUGGACCAGAUCUGUACCCAGUUCAAAAGCAUCAACCAAGGCAAGAAGACCAAUGUUGCUGACUCUAUGCUGCGGAUGCUGGAGAAGUAUUCCCAGAACCUGGAGGACCUGAUCCAGGAGUGGACUGAGGAGCUGGGGUUGGAGAGACAGAAGAUGGAAAGGUUGCUCUCUCAGAUGCUCCUGCCGUCUGUGGCUGAAGCUCUGAAAAUGGGGGCGACUGUGGAGCCAGAGUACUUUGACCAGGUUACCAUAUACUUCAGUGACACUGUAGGCUUUACCACCAUCUCAGCCCUGAGUGAGCCCAUUGAGGUGGUGGGCUUGCUCAAUGACCUCUACACACUGUUUGAUGCUGUUCUGGGCAACCAUGACGUGUAUAAGGUGGAGACCAUCGGGGAUUCCUAAAUGGUGGCAGAGGGGCUGCCCCGGCGCAACAGGAGCCAGCAUGCAGCUGAGAUCACCAACAUGGCUGUGGGCGACUUCCGGAUGAGGCAUGCGCCCACUGUGCCCAUUCGCAUCAGGGCUGGCCUGCACUCAGAUCUCACUGGGCACAUCUGAGUUUCAGGGCCCUGCAUGGCGGGGGUUGUGGGUCCCACCAUGCCUCAGUACUGCCUCUUUGGGGACACAGUUAACACCGCAUCCCGGAUGGAGUCUACAGGGCUACCAUACAGAAUUCAUGUCUGCAUAAGCACCGCCCAGACACUGCUCAGCCUGGAUGAAGGCUACAAAAUUGAUAUCAGAGACCGGACUGAGCUAAAGGGGAAGGGCUUCAAGGAGACCUACUGGCUGGUGGGGAAGGCAGGCUUCCCCAGACCCCUCCCUACACCUCUGGACAUCAAACCCCCGCUGCCGUCCUCUGACCUCACAGCCGUCGGGCCUCCACCCCACUUCUGCCUCCACGGGCAGCCAGGCUUCUCAGAAGGCCUGUUUGCUGAUGCUGACUUCACUUCCUCAUCUUCCUCUCCUGCCGGCCCUCGCAGCCUGACUUCCACCACCACUCACCCAGAAGGCUCUCUACUGCGACUCAGUCCAAGGUCACCCAGUAAACCAGUGGUAGAACUGGACCUCAACUCCAAAGACCCCACCACGCACGCCAUCCUGGCUGCCUUGUCAGCCACAGCCUCAUACCGCAUGGAAAAAAGUGACGCAGGCACAGUGACAGCCUCAGUCACCAGCCGCAGGGUGAGACCAGCCAAAGGAAAUGCGGAUAGGAAUGCUGCCCCCUCUCCUGAAGGGGAGCCACAGCUACAUUUUAGGCAGGUCCUCUCCCCAUAUCCCUUCAGCACCAACAAGGGAAGCUUCCUGAACCACUUCACUCCUGCCCCGAACUAA